UUCGGCUAGCUCUGGCUUGCUCGCUACCAGCGCGCGAAAAAUUGCGCGGGGUUACUGGGGUUACUACGGUCCCUGGGUUACUCUCAUUACGCUCAUUACUUGCGGUGUCGAAACCAAUCAUGCACGCAUUUUUGAAAACGGCCAACCCAAACCUAAUCCUUCCCAAGGAGAAAGCUAAGGAACCCAAGCAGGUACCGAAGAAACCAGUGCAUAUUCCAUGGGUGGAAAAAUACCGGCCCAAAACCGUCGACGAUGUGGCUCACCAAGAUGAAGUGGUCUCUGUCCUUAAAAAGUCGCUUCAGGGAGCCGACCUCCCAAAUCUCCUGUUCUAUGGACCGCCAGGAACGGGGAAGACGUCCACUAUACUUGCUCUUGCCCGAGAACUCUUUGGAGACAUGUAUAAGAGUCGCAUUCUGGAGCUGAAUGCUUCUGAUGAACGUGGCAUCCAGGUUGUCCGAGAUAAAAUCAAGACGUUUUCACAACUCACAGCAAGUAGUACAGGACCUGAUGGCAAACCGUGUCCACCGUUCAAGAUUGUAAUUCUAGACGAAGCGGAUUCCAUGACCGCAAGUGCUCAGGCAGCCUUGCGUCGUACCAUGGAGAAGGAGACGAGGACAACUCGUUUCUGUCUCAUCUGUAACUACAUAAGCAGAAUCAUAGACCCACUGACAUCGCGUUGCUCAAAGUUCCGGUUCAAGCCUUUGCCUAAGGAAGUUCUAAUAGAACGCCUACGCAGCAUAUGUACAGCUGAAGCAGUUCAAUGCGAUGAUCAGGUGCUGGACUUUCUUAUGGAUGCUUGCGAAGGAGAUAUGCGAAGAGCAAUCACCCUUUUCCAAAGUGUUUCUCGGCUUAAAUGUAAUGAACCUGUAACCUCCCAUGAUGUGGCUGAAGUUGCUGGGAUCAUUCCAAAGCAGUGGAUUGAUGGCCUGCUUACGAGCUGUGCAUCGAACUCAUAUGAGAAGCUCAGUGCAACAGUUGAGGACCUCGUGCUUGAAGGCUUUGCGGCAUCGCAACUUUUCAGCCAGCUGCACGAUGCCAUUGUAUUGAGCAACAAGUACGAUGACAAACAGAAGUCAGCAAUAGCCGAGAAGCUUGCUAUAUGUGACCACAGACUGCUUGAAGGCGCUGACGAGUACCUCCAAAUAAUGGACCUAUGUGUCACAAUUAUGAACCAAAUUUGCAGUGUCCAGCAUUAGCUGUUCGUGUAACUUUUACACUAAAUAAAGUCCUUUGUAAAUGUU